AUGGCCAAUACAGAUGAUCUUAUUCCCACAUUUCUGGAGAUCACAUCCACAGAGGAUGUGCAGGUGGCAAAAAGCUAUUUGGAAAUGAGCGACGGUAAUUUGGACACGGCAGUAAAUCUAUUCUUUGAAAAUGGAGGUGCCGAUGCUGAGUUAGGCCAUCCCAGAAAUACAAACUCUUCUCAGCAAUCAGGCGAGAAUGUUAAUUCUACAGAAUCUGAUGAAGAUAUUGCGAGAAAACUGCAAAGACAAAUGUAUGAGGAAGGGACUUCAUCGAAUAAUGAUGAUGUGAGGCAGCCAAUCCAGGCAGUUCAUGAACAGCUAAUACCAGAAUACGGCUUUGCGCCACCAAGAGUACCACCAGAACGCGGCAUGUUUGGAUCGGCAAGACGCGGAGUUUUUAACCAGGCUGAAGAAGAUUUAGAUGGUGAGUAUACGGAGCAUAAUGAGACGAGCCGUAAUUACGAUUUCGACAAUGAUAUGGACGAUGAUGACGAUGAUCAUGAAAUAGAUUACGACGAUGAAUAUGAAGACUCUUAUGAACGCCGGCCGUUUGGAACAGAUAGCAACACAGUUGUUGACCUCACAGGGGAGGAGAAUUACAACAGGAGAAGAGAGAGUUCUGGUCAUCUGUCGAGCACACAGAAACGUCUAGCCAGAUUGUUUCGACCUCCUUGGGAUAUUAUCAGUAAGUUAGAUUUCGAUAGUGCGAAGAAGUUGGCCCGUGAUGAAAAGAAAUGGGUGCUGAUUAAUAUACAAGACGUGACAGAUUUUAGAUGCCAAUGCUUGAAUCGAGAUUUUUGGUCCUCAAACCAGAUUAAGGACCUGGUAAAACGGAACUUCAUCUUUUUGCAAUUCCAGCAUGACUCGCCUAACGGGCAGCUUUAUCGGAAUCUCUAUCCAUUCGAGGAUUAUCCGCAUAUUGCAAUAAUAGAUCCAUGGACGGGUGAAAGAAUGAAGGUAUGGUCUACAAAUCCAGAGGUUCACAAAUUCAUUGAUGACGUCGCUGACUUUAUUAACAAGUUCUCGUUGGAUAAGAAUAAAUCCAACGUUAAUCUUAGAGAGCAGGAAGAAACUCAAAAAGAAGGAACAACUGGAUCUGAGAGGGCGCCUAUCAUGCUUGAUGAAAAUGAAGAUGAUGAAGAAGAGAAUGAAAAUGACGAAGCAGAUACCAGUGUGAAAUUAAGCUCAAAGCCUGCCACAAUUCCAGAUGCACCUUUGACUUACACCCAGAAGAUUGCUAACAUUCCAGAGAAUGAUGUUCCUGAUCCCUCCUGUGCACAGGAGGAAACAACACGGAUUCAAAUCAGAUCCGGUCUUGAUGGAAAACGGGUGGUUAAAAGAUUUGCGCUAGCAGAUCCGGUCAGCAUUGUUUUUCAGUAUGUGAAAUUUGCUUUUAAGGACUCCUUGCAAGGUCGGGCAUUCACGUUGAAAAUGCAGAGGCAGAAUUUAUUUGAUGAUUUAGAUAAAAGUAUCUCUGAGGCAGGACUUCGGAACGCAUCUAUUUUAUUAGAUGUUACAUCUGAUGAAGAGGAUGAAGAUUAG